AUCCAAUCUAGACGUCUUUUUUCAGUCCGCUGUUUUCUGUCAUUUUAUACAAUCGUAAUUAUGUGGUAAUUAUAUUUAUUUUCGUGGAAAACAUGUACCGAGACUAUUGUGUAAUAAAGUAACGAUAGUAAUGUGUUGAAAAGUGAGAAAGAUUUUGGUGUUAACAGAAUAAUCGUUCUAGGAAUGGAGAAAUCAUCAAGGAAUACUCCUAAAAGCACAUUGUAGCACAAAGACAUUGUAAGAUCACAAUAUAGACAUCUGAUAUGAGUGUGCUUCUUGUGGGAUUGUGAUCGUAGUUGUAGCGAUGGAUUCGCUCCAUGUUCACCACAGCAAAGGCUCGAGCAGGAGUCAAUCGCCAUCGACCGCCGACCUCGCCAGGGACCCGUCUGUCGUCACCGAUGACGUCAUCAGAUCCAGAGUUCAGUCACCCUCUACCGCGCACCAUGUUGUCAGUGAGCCGUCAUCGAACUCAUCGUCGCGUCACAGCGAGCGAGGCGCUCACCACGUCAAGUCGCACUCCAGAGACCUGGGCAACAGCUCAAUGGUCGCCGGCACCGCUAAUACUUCCAGAGAUUUGGAAGACUCGCCGCAGAAGAAGAACGUUUCCAACUUACUGCCGGCGGUGGACUACACCUGCCCCGUGUACAGCCCCAACGUAUCUUACGCCAUGUCCUCCGCUGAUGAGUACGGAUCUCCUGCUUAUAGAGCCCAAGAUGGCGAUUAUUCUAAUCAAGAAGACUACGACGGCAGCGGCAAUGCAACGUCAGCGAAAGCUCUGGCCGCCAUAGCGCACCUCAACACCAAGAUUGAACGCACCAAAGAUCUCAUACGACUCGAACAGACCAACAGAGAUGAGAACGUGAACGAAUACCUGAAGUUGGCUGCGAACGCGGACAAGCAACAGUUGCAACGAAUCAAAGCAGUGUUCGAGAAGAAGAACCAGAAGAGUGCGCUCUGCAUCGCGCAGCUGCAGAAGAAACUAGAAGGUUACAAUAAAAGGAUCAAAAACUGGGAGCAACACGGCACAAGCGGACAGGCGCACAGGCAACCGCGAGAAGUUCUGCGUGAUAUGGGACAAGGCUUGAAGAACGUUGGUGGCAACAUACGGGAUGGUAUCACGGGUCUGGGUGGCAGUGUGAUGGCGGCGCCGCGGGAGUUCGCACAUCUCUUCUCACGUUCCAACAGAUUCGGCUCCGCGGAUAACAUCGCACAGCUCGCCGAAAACACGGGUACUUCGAACGCGUCGUCGGAAGGUUCGCGUGCGUCGGAGGCGGGUGAGGCGGCGCCGCGCGGCUCCACGUUACCUCGCGCAGCCACAUCUCCCGCACCCAAGUUCUCACCUGAUGCCUCGCCCAGCUCCUCCGUCACUAGUGAAGGCGCGCCUUAUCAAACGCAACCAGGAACAAAUAACAUGUCAGAAGCUACAUUCUCCAUCAAGCCGAUACUGAAUGAGUUGCGCGAGCGCAGGGAGGACUACGAGCGACUGGCCGAGAAGAUGGAGGCGCUUAAGAAUCUAUCGCAAGAGGUAUCUUUCCUGUCUGCGGCGCUGCAGGAGGAGCGGUUCAAGACGGAAAGACUCGAGGAACAAAUCAAUGAUCUCACUGAACUGCAUCAAAAUGAGGUGGAGAACCUGAAGCAGGCGCUGACGGAUGUGGAGGAGAAGGUGCAGUAUCAGAGCGAGGAGAGAAUACGCGACAUACACGAGGCCCUCGAUCUCUGCCAGACUAAAAUCGGCAAGUUGGAGCAGUGGGCAGCUGGUGGUGGGGGAGGUGCGGGCGGUGGGGGUGGUGCGGGGGACGCGGGCGGUGCUGCGGCGCUCCCCCCACGUCUGCUGCUCGUCAAGCUGCUCAAUGUGGCGCUCACGCUGCUGCAGCUCGUGCUGUUGCUCGUCGCCACUGUCGCAGGCGUCACCAUGCCCUUCCUCAGAACUAGGGUACGAGUUCUAACAACAAGUGUAGCAUUAAUGGUAGGUGUGAUGGUACUAAAGCAGUGGCCCGAAGUGACACAGCUGUCGGACCAUCUGGUGGCGCGGCUCAAGGAGUACUUGCUGGAUAAGCACCACGACAGGUAUGAAUGCAAAUCGUUGUGUGGUUGAAACUAUACAAUGUCUUGCUGUGAAAAUGUUCGUGAUAUAUCAAAAUUUUAUUAUUAAAUUUUUGAUAAAAUUUAAAGAUAAAUAAAAAAUUUAUUGGAAAUAAUCAAGGCUUGUUUUUCGUUGGUGAAAGACUGCUUUAGUACGGGUGAGAGUGAACUUAACUCGGCUGCAGUUUUUUUUAGACGAAAUUGUCUAAUUAUUUUUUUAUUGUAAGGUUUGAUUAUUAUUUGCCUAAUUGUAUACUUUUAUUUAAAAUUAUUUUAAUGUAAAAGUUACGAUGUGAUGCCAUCACAUUCAUAUUAAUUUUAAUCGACAAAAAA